GCCGGAAGUGCUGAUUACUUCUGUCUGUUACUUUAGACAUGGCGGUGGUGGCGGCGGCGGAGGCUCAGGUCCCGGUGGGAAGACUGAGGAGAGGGGGCCGGGCCUCUGGGCCCGGCAGGGGCCUUGCCCUGUGCUGACUGAGAGCGUGGCCGGGAUUAGGUCCGGGACCAGAAUCGGGCCUGGGUCUGUGUCGGCCUGCCCGGCCAUGGGGGAUCCCGGUGGUGGCGGCGGCCGCGGCCGCGGCAGCCGGGCUUGGUGCUUGCGGCGGGUGGGGAUGAGCGCUGAGUGGCUGCUGCUGGAGGAUCGCAGCGAGGUGACAGUUGGUCGAGGAUUCGAUGUCACGUACCAGCUGCUUUCUAAAAUUUGUCCAUUGAUGAUUUCCCGAAACCACUGUGUUUUCAAGCAGAAUGCUGAGGGCCAGUGGACAGUGAUGGACAACAAGAGUCUGAAUGGUGUUUGGCUGAACAAGGAGCGCCUGGAACCUUUAAAGGCCUGUCCUAUUCGGGAGGGAGACCGAAUCCAGCUUGGAGUUCCAUUAGAAAAUAAGGAGAAGGCAGAAUAUGAGUAUGAAGUAGUAGAAGAAGACUGGGAAAAGAUCCAUCUGUGUCUUGCCCUGAGGAACAGCAGGACAGUAGUUAAGUGCUCGAGAACCAAAAGGAAAUGUAGUUUAGAGGAGUCGGAUAGCCCUGGAGUGGAGGGCUCUUCGGACUCCAGAACCAAAGUAAAUAAAGUGUCGCAUGACUAUGAGCAGUUGGGGAAGUCCUGUGGAAGAGCCAAAAUGGCCAAACAGGCCCCUGAAAGCAUGGACCGAAAAUUGACUUCUCCUGGACCAAGUGGAGAGAGAGCAGCAGAGGGUGACCUUCAGACUGUUUCAGAAAAAGGAGCAGUGCUGCCCAGCAAGAAGCAAAAAGGCCCAUGGGUGUCACAGUCUCAGAGCAGCUUGGACAUAUUUAAGAAGACGAUGGCCAAGAUCCUCAAGCUGAAGGUGAAGGUUCAGGAGAAGCAGGUGGCUGUUCUCAGUGUGAAGCAGCAGAGCCACAAGGGGGCCCAGAAGGAGAUGGUGAAGAUGGAGGAGGAGCUCCAGGAGUUACAGGACCAGCUGUUUACGGAGCAGGUCCAGCAGCAGCAGAGAGUGGAGCAACUAGAGAAAAAUUUCCAGGAGAAGAAGCCGCACUUAGAGGGUUUGGAAAAACAGCGUGGGGAAAAGGACCUGAAGGAGCAGCUGGCACAGGCCCUGCAGGAGCAUCACAUUCUAAUGGAAGAGUUAAGUCGGAGCAAGAAGGAUUUUGAAGCAAUCAUUGAAGCCAAGAAUAAAGAACUGGAACUGACCAAGGAAGAAAAAGAGAAAGUGAGAGCGCAGAAGGAAGAGGUUCUAAACCAGAUGAAUGAUGUACUAGAAAAUGAGCUUCAAUGCAUCAUUUGCUCGGAACACUUCAUUGAGGCAGUCACCUUGAACUGUGCCCAUAGUUUUUGCUCCUACUGCAUCAAUGAGUGGAUGAAGCGAAAAGUGGAAUGUCCCAUCUGUCGACAAGAUAUUGAAUCUAAAACUCGCUCUCUAGUGCUGGACAACUGUAUCAGCAAGAUGGUUGAGAAAUUGAGUUCUGAAAUGAAAGAGCGACGAGAAAUUCUCAUUAAUGAAAGAAGAGUGACAAUGAAGAGAAGAGGCGAAGGAGAGUUCAGCAGCCCCCAGAAGAAGCAGAAGAAAAGAGCUGCUGAGCUGGGCUUGACCCUCAGUUCCACAUCAGAUGAGGAACCCCCUCCUUUUGGCAAUCAUGGCCCACAAGAGUCUUCCACCAGCCUCAGUGGAUCUGACAGUGAGAAUGAGGAGAAAAGACCUGUAUCUGGCUCCUUCAGCAAUGACUUCAAAGCUGACUCCCUUGUGGAGGGCACCUCCUCCCGCUACUCCAUGUACAACAGUGUUUCCCAAAAGAUGAUGGCAAAGAUGGGCUUCCGAGAAGGUGAAGGUCUGGGCAAACACAGCCAGGGUCGGAAAGACAUUGUUGAGGCUUCUAAUCAGAAAGGUCGAAGAGGCCUAGGGCUGACACUAAAGGGUUUUGAUCAGGAACUCAAUGUGGACUGGAGAGAUGAACCAGAGCCAAGUGUCUGUGAACAGGUGUCAUGGUUCCCAGAAUGCACCACUGAAAUUCCUGAUACCCAAGAAAUGCGUGAGUGGAUGACUGUGGGAAAGAGGAAGAUGAUAAUUGAAGAUGAAACUGAAUUUUGUGGGGAAGAGCUUCUGCACAAUGUCCUGAAGUGCAAGAGUGUGUUUGAUGAUUUGGAUGGAGAGGAGAUGCGUCGAGCUCGGACCAGGUCCAAUCCCUAUGAAAUGAUCCGGGGAGUCUUCUUCCUAAACAGAGCAGCAAUGAAAAUGGCCAAUAUUGACUUUGUAUUUGAUCGUAUGUUUACGAACCCAAAGGACUCAUUGGGGAAACCCCUGUUGAAGGACCGGGAUCCAGAGCUUCUAUACUUUGCUGAUGUAUGUGCAGGCCCUGGCGGCUUCUCUGAAUAUGUGCUUUGGAGGAAGAAGUGGCAUGCAAAGGGCUUUGGAAUGACCUUGAAAGGGCCCAAUGACUUUAAGCUGGAGGAUUUCUAUGCAGCUUCCAGUGAACUCUUCGAACCCUACUAUGGUGAGGGCGGGAUUGAUGGAGAUGGAGAUAUUACUCGACCAGAGAACAUCACAGCUUUUCGAAAUUUUGUUCUGGAUAACACCGAUCGCAAGGGUGUGCACUUUAUGAUGGCUGAUGGGGGUUUUUCUGUGGAGAAGCAAGAAAACCUGCAGGAAAUCCUUAGUAAGCAGCUAUUGCUAUGCCAGUUUCUCACAGGACUGUCUGUUAUCCGCACAGGAGGCCACUUUAUCUGUAAAACCUUUGAUUUGUUCACGCCAUUCAGCGUGGGACUCAUCUAUCUGUUGUACACCUGCUUUGAACGCGUGUCUCUUUUUAAGCCUGUCACCAGCCGGCCUGCCAACUCAGAGAGGUACGUGGUGUGCAAGAGUUUGAAGUCUGGGAUUGAUGACGUGCGGGAAUAUCUCUUCAAGGUAAACAACAAGCUCAAUCAGCUUCGGAAGAGUGACAUGGAUGUCAACCUUGUGGUCCCCCUGGACGUGAUCAAGUCAGACCCUGAAUUUACUGACUACAUGAUCCGAUCCAAUGAGAGCCACUGCAGCUUGCAGAUCAAAGCCCUGGCCAAAAUUUAUGCCUUUGUCCAAGACUCGACUCUUAGUGAACCACGCCAGGCAGAAAUCCGAAAAGGGUGCCUUCAUCUCUGGGGGAUUCCAGAUCAGGCCAGAGUUGCUCUCUCUUCUUCAGAUCCAAAGUCAAAGUUCUUUGAAUUGAUAAAGGGCACUGACAUUGAUAUCUUCAGCUAUAAGCCUACUCCACUCAACUCCAAAACCCUGGAUAAAAUUCGCUGUGUUCUGGACUACCGCUGCAUGGUGUCGGGGAGUGAGCAGAAGUUUCUCAUUGGCUUAGGGAAAUCCCAGAUCUACACGUGGGAUGGCCGCCAGUCAGACCGUUGGACAAAACUGGACCUUAAGACAGAGCUGCCCCGGGACACACUGCUCUCAGUAGAGAUUGUUCAUGAACUGAAAGGCGAGGGUAAGGCUCAGCGGAAGAUCAGCGCAAUCCACAUCCUUGAUGCACUGGUGCUGAAUGGCCAAGACAUCCGGGAGCAGCACUUUAAUCAACGAAUUCAGCUCGCUGAGAAGUUUGUGAAAGCCGUUUCCAAACCCAGCAGGCCUGACAUGAACCCCAUCAGAGUAAAGGAGGUGUAUAGAUUGGAAGACAUGGAGAAAAUUUUUGUCAGGUUAGAAAUGAAGGUCAUCAAGGGCUCACAUAAUAUGCUUCGACUCAGCUAUACCGGACGGGAUGAUCGACACUUUGUGCCCACUGGCCUCUACAUUGUCAGGACUACGAAUGAACCCUGGACCAUGGCAUUCAGCAAAAGCUCUAACAGGAAGUUUUUCUUCAACAAGACAACAGGGUUUUCUACUUUUGAAAUGCCUCUGGACGCCAUCGCUCCAUUUCACAUCUGCUACUAUGGGCGGCUCUUCUGGGAGUGGGGCGAUGGUGUCCGAGUACAUGACUCUCAGAAGUGCCAGAAUCCUGAGAAGUUGUCUAAGGAUGACAUCCUCUCCUUCAUUCGGGAACACAGUGUCUGAGGAUCCAGCCCAGGAGAUCAUAGCCACCCCUGAGGACCCUUGGCUACUGUCUGAGGAAAGAGAGAGGGGGCUGAUUGUCCUAUUUGGAGCAAGAUAACAGCAGAUAAGACAGGUCACUUCCUCCUUAGAGGAGAAAGAGUGGCAUUCAGAGCACAUCAAGGACAGGGUGGAUGACCCUCUCACCACUGCUCAUCCUGAAUUAUAUCCUUCCCGUCCCCCUAGGACACUUUGUGAGUAUUUGGGAGGAGCUAAGGAAGUUGGCCUUGCUUUUGCUCCUGGUAUAGCCCUUUCACUUCCCAUCCCCGGAAGGACACGGUGGGAACUCUGUCCUUCAGGAGUAUGGCCUAGAAUGAAGCUGUUCCCCUUGUUUGGUCAUUCGAGGGUCAAUUCCUGGGUAUGUCGGCUGGCUUGGGGGCAGAGGCAGAAGUUUAAGGGCACCUGAUGAAAUAUCACUGCUGAAGUAUCAGAGCUCCUGGAGUUUCUUGCACUUCUCCUGCCCCGAUUCUGGGAGUCCUUCCCUUUUAACCAAGUAGCUGAAGUGCUCAGCAGGAUCAUGAGCAGAGAAAGAAAGACUAUGACUGUUGGACAUGUCAGUCCAUGUAUCUACCCCUUGCCCUUGCCAGCCCCCAGAACCCGACCUCUGACAGAUUUUUUUCCUUUUUUUUUUUUCCCCUUCACUUCAGUGUGAAUGUCCAUUGGCCUAUCCAGAGCGUUCUUUCUAGAACUGCCUCCUACCCCAUCCCCACUUCUGGUCCAAGCCUGAGUAGGGCAAACAACUCUGAAAGUUGAUGAAGCAGCUGCCACAUGUUGCCCAGGCAUCUUGUCUAGGAAACAGUGGCCUUGCCUGUGCCCUGGAGGAGUACCUUUAAUUGUGGGUGAAGGGAUCAGUGCCCAUAGGAGUCCCUGUGGAAUACUGUCCUGUCGCAGCAUGAUGCCCAGCGUGGGGGCUUGGCCCAGGUCUCUAUGUUUUGCCAAAGAUAAGAUGCUGGAGGGUUUGAGUGGAGUUUCUCAGGCCCGGGAUCAUUCCCCUCCUCUCCUUUUUCCCCCAACAAAAGGCACAACUUGCUUUCAUGUUUUCUCAUGGGUCUUCAGCUCUUACCAGUCCCAUGCACACAGAAAGGUUAGGGACCGUAGGUCCUCAGUGGAGGAAGGAAGCAUGUCUGUGAGCUAUUUGAUGAGAAGCUCAUCAGUGCUCAGAACUGGUAAUAUAUUUCCCUCUGCCUUUCCUGGGGCCCAGGCUGGAGGGCCAGAAGUAAAGAUUCCCUUUGCUGGGCUUGUUUCCAUGGUGAUAGGCAGAGGGUUGCAGGGUGGGGGAGUAUCUCCACUGUGUCCAUGGGGUGGACUAACAGUCUUCCUCUAUCCUGCAUUUGGUAGUAGUAGCCCUGCCUACAGAGGUAGCUUAUUUCCACCCAAUACUGGGUUAGGGGUGUGUGUAUGUGUCUCAUGGCGCCUCAGAUCAUUAAAGGAAAAAGAUAUUUUUAAAA